ACCUGACAGUGAAUCUACUCUUGCUGCAGGUGGGACCAGACUACCAGAGAAGCGCACCCGUAGCGUCUCCAUCACGGUUCCGGUUGGUUCAGGAUUUAAAUUCGAAGAGCUUCUCGGGCUAGGCCUCCAUCGUUCUGAUGAUCACCCCUCCCUUCCCCUUCCCCAAGUCGUAGCGGCCAGCUGCCAGCACCGCAGCAGGCAGGAGCUAUAUAAUCAAAGGCAAACAGCCAAACACGCACACACACCUAGCCGUAGCAUUGUAGCAACACGCGCACUCGCCGCUGCCGCACGGAUCACGCAAUGCCUCCCACCAUGCUCGCGCCGGUGCCCACCAGGCCGCGCUCCAACCCCUUCCGCCGGCGUAGAGGGGCUGCUCCGCUGCUCCACGAUCAGACUGCGGCGGCUGCGGCGAAGCGGCCCGCUGAGUCGUCCACCUCGGCCUCCUCCUGCUUCUACAGCGAGGUGAUCUCCAACUCCUCCACAUCCCUCGCCGCGUAUCAGCACCCGGAGAAGAGGCAGCGGCGCCAGGACGCGGACGCGGACGCGGGCGAGGCGCGGCCGGCUGGCUCCGAGUGCUCGGAGGUGAUCGGCGGCGCGAGGGUGCGCCUCGCCGAGGUCGAGGCCUCCGAGUCGUCGUGCCUUGGCGCCGUGCUCGAGUCCGACCUCGCCUGCCCGGAGCAGCUCGCCGACGACGCUGAGAGGACCGACUACUCCUCCGCGUGCGAUGAGCUGACCCCGUCGGAGCCCGAUGAGGAGGAGGUGCUUAGCGGUCCCAGCCGCUCCGCUCUGUACUCCCUCAGCCCCCUGACCAGCUCCCCAUUGACCGAGGAUGACAACGACGGCGCGCCCUCCGCGACCUUCUCCCUCUUCCUCGACUUCGCCGAGCAGUUCGUCCCCUGCGUUCACCCCAAAGCGCGCGCCGUCACCAGUACCGCUCUCGAUCUCCUGACGGGGAGGCGAUUUGAGGACUUGGACGACGAGGAGAGCUACGAGCGGUUCCGGCGGCGCGAGCGGCGCGAGGCUGUUGCGCGCGACUACACUGAGGUGUACAGCUCCAUACCCGGCAGCUACGGCCGUCUCGUCGUGGAGCAACGUGUCGUCAUGGUGAACUGGAUCAUUGAGCAUUCACGUCUGAUGAAACUCCAGCCAGUUACAAUGUUUAUGGGGAUUGGAUUGAUGGACCGCUUCUUGACACAAGGGUAUAUGAAGGGUUUGAGCAAACUUCAGUUGCUGGGCAUUGCCUGCAUCACCCUGGCUACCCGCAUUGAAGAGAACCAGCCAUACAAUUGCGUCCUUCAAAAGACUUUUAAAGUUGGGAUCAAUACCUACAGCCAGAGUGAGGUUGUUGCCAUGGAGUGGCUGGUUCAGGAGGUCCUCAACUUCAAGUGCUUUGUCACAACAACUCAACAUUUCCUAUGGUUCUAUCUGAAGGCUGCAAAUGCUGAUGACAGGGUAGCAGACCUGGCAAACUACCUGGCCUUCGUCUCACUUCGGGACCAUAAGAAGCUCUCCUUCUGGCCCUCGACUGUGGCAGCCGCAGUGGUAACCCUUGCUUGCCUUGCCACAGGCAAGGGGUCCUCGUGUCAUUUGGUGAUGGAGACUCACAUGAGGACGCAGGACGAUGACCUGCCAGAAUGCCUAAUGUGCCUCGAGUGGCUGCUCAACUACGUCCCGUGAUACCCAGAGCUCCCAGGUGAUAGCAGUGUUUCACAUUUUUUCUGUAAAUGGGGACAUGAACUGACAAAUUGCUCUGUACAUGGCAUUAGUCUGCCCUGUAGUUUAGAUAAGAUAAUAGCCAAGGCAGCACGAAACGUAGGUUGUGGGUUUUGAUUAUGCAGCUUUCUGAUUAGGAGCACGACAAGGGCGAGAUUUUGGUCGUGAGCUGUCGGCCUUUACGGACUACUGAACUGCUGUAUUGGGGGAUGUCUAUCUUUACAUCGUGUAUUCGCUCUUUUUAGGCUGGGCGUUGUUGUACUCGUUGGUCUAUUUGUUUAACCAAUGUAUUGCUGAUGGAUGAUAUACCACUGAAAUCUGUUGUUCUGGUGUGACA